GCAGCAAUCUUCAGUCGCAUGGCAACCGUACCGUAAAAAUUUGUUGUUCUCAUGCGAUUUCGGAAACUUAUUAUUCUCUGUGAUGUCAAAUUCUCACUUUAAUCAAUAAAUAAGAAUGCACAAGUGCAUAAAAUUUCGAUAGAAUACGUAUAUUUGGGAUCAUUGUUAAAUCAUGGAGAACAGCGAUAAGAGAGAAGAAAAAUAUGAAGUAACGGAAGACGCAAGAGGACAAGAAAGAGAUUUUGAUGAUAAAUAUCAAAUGACAUCGCGAUCCUCUUCCGAUCGUAAAUCCAAGCAAAUCGAGAGAAACGAUAGAAGAAGAGCAUCUCGUUCGCGAUCGCGAAGCAAGCCUCCGCAGAGAAAACAACGGAGAAGUGCGAACGCUUUCCUGAACUUUAUACAGGAUUUUAAACAGGAUCACAACAAAUUAAAAAGCCAAGACCUGUUUCGACUUGGGGGACAAAGAUGGCGGCGAAUGUCGUCCACAGAGAAGAUGCCCUACGUGGAGGCAGCUAAUCUGGCGAAACAACAAACGCAACAAAACGGCAAAAACGAGCGGCAAAAUAAGCCAGUCGGCGGCGACUCGUCGAAGAAACCCGAUAAUCAAAAAGAUCAGAAAAAGAAAGAUCAGGAAAGAAAGCGUUCCAAAAGCAGGACGGAUGAUUCUGACAUCGAUUCAGAUUCGAUGACUCCCGAAACGGACGCAACUAUGACUAGCGAGGACAUUUCGGAUCUAAGUUCUUAAAUUGACGAUGAAUUAGUGAAUUGCAUUGAUGCAUAACGACAAUUCCGAUCACUUCUAUAUAAGUUAACUAUUUAAAUCCGUAAUGAAGUGAAUGAAAAGUAGUCUUCAAUUAU